CUCACUUUCAAUAUUCUACAGUCCAGCGACCACGAGAUCACUCUCCACUCCUUCAACACCUGGUACUGCAGCUGCAUAUCAGCUGGCUCUGGUCGGCUCGAGAAUUUAUACACGUUCCUCAGGAACCUUUCUCUCGCCAUCAUGUCAGCUACCAUGUUCCGCACAACCGCCGUCCGAUCGAUUCCGCGUUCCUUCCAAGCUCCAGCACCACGAGCAAAUGUCUACAAUCACAUUCUCAGGGCAUCCUUGAGAACUUCUGCUCGACCUACCAAGUCCGCUCGUGUCUUGUCCCUGACCGUCGCCCGACCCUUCCACACAUCCCUCGUCAAAUAUGAAAUGAAAGGUGCAGACAAGGCCGCGAGCUGGGAGUCUUCAGCAAAGCAAUUCGAGGAGAACCUGGGCAAGCAAGUGUUGAAGCCUGCGCCAGGAGCUGUCAGCGCGUCUUCCUCUACCCGGGCUGUGGCUAGUGAGACGACAGCAGAGCAUGACGACGACGUAGACAUGAUGGAGGGCAUCCGCGCCGAUUUUAAAACCAUCAAGGAGACAUUUAGCUUGGACGAGGUCCCGCGUCAAGCGCUCUACGUCGGUAUGGCCGGUGUUUUACCUUACCUCGCGACUUCCCUUACCACCGUGUAUUUGUCGUUCGAUAUUCAGUACGCAGCAACGCACGGCCAAGGCUUCUUCCUGUCUGGCGAGACCGCUGAAGCUCUGUUGCACAUCAUUGAGCCCAUCCAGCUUGGCUAUGGUGCUUCGAUCAUCUCCUUCCUCGGUGCCAUUCACUGGGGUCUCGAAUGGGCUGGCUUUGGUGGCUACAAGGGAUACCCCCGUUACUCGAUGGGUAUCGUCGCUACCGCCGUGGCAUGGCCGACUUUGCUCCUCCCAGCUGAGGUCGGUCUGAUUGCCCAGUUCAUGGCUUUCACCUUUUUGUACUACAACGAUGCCCGAGCCGCGCACAAUGGCUGGGCCCCCAAGUGGUACGGAACGUAUCGAUUCGUCCUGACCUUUGUCGUCGGUGCAAGUAUCGUUGCGUCGUUGAUUGGCCGUGGCCAAAUUGCUGACCUGGUCACUCGACCACCUGGACCCGCUGACCGAAUGAGGGAACUCAGAAAGAAGCAGCUGGAAGAGAUUGGCCCUGAGCCCGAAGGUGCUGAGGAAGAGGAAGGCGAGGAUGAGGAAGAAUAGAGAGUGAAAGAAACCGUAACAGGCUGUGGGAGCGACGACUCGACUUGAAACCACUGAUUCUGAAAACAGCAGGAUCGGCCAAUUUUAUGUACAUACUCCGUAUCCAGGCAGGAAAUCGAAAUCUUCCUUUUGUUUUGAGAUAUA